AUGUGCUUUUGCGGACCGGAAGAGUACCCAUACGAAGAACGCAGCGUACCCCGAGUCGUCUCGAUGUCAGAAAAGUCAUCCUCAUCCUACGGCCGCUACGCCCAAACCUCCUCUCCACACCACUCCCACUACACACUAGGUUCGGGACGUCCAGCCAAACGCCAAUCCGUGAGGAUAGCAGAGUGCGAACCGCACCCCUACGACAGUGGCUACGAGAGCGUGGGCGCCUCGCUCCGCCGGGAAUCAUACACUCCCCCGCCAACGCUAAUCCAAACUAGUCGAAUGGGCUGCAUCGACCCUCCCAAUCGCUCCAGCAGCGUAGCCCCCGGUGGUGGCCGCCGCUCUUUCGGCGCGCGUAGUGGCGAGAUGGGAUACAAUCAGCCACGGAUCCUCAGCAAUGGGAGUCUCGGAUCGAUGGGCCAUCUGGGGCACCCCGCCUCCAGACUCCAGAUCCCGCACGACACGGGACACCCAGCACACAUGCACUCCAGCGGGCCGAGGGCCUCAAUCCCCAGGCAAUUCCGCAUCAGCGCGAACCCGGGGCGCGGAAGGCCCGGGAGCUACGUUGGCUACCGAGACGAGAGGAAUAGUUGGCGAGAGGACUCGGGAUAUAGCAGUAGGGAUGACUAUCGCGAUGAUCGGGGGUCCUCAAGCAGUGGGGAUAGCUGGGCCAGCGAUGGAUGGCUGUUCCCGGGCGGCGGGGAUAAGAGGGCGAGUUAUGCUGCGCCGAGUUCGACCACUGAGAGCUUUUACAUCCCGCCAUCCUUGAAGUUCGCGUAGUCAAGGGGGAUCCGAUGGAUACAACAAGCCGUACGACUAUUUCGUUCUCAUUUUAGUGGAGUUUGGGGCAUUUGUUUAGCUUUUUGUUUUCCUUUCUAUCACCCGCUCGCUGAAAUCAUACCCACGGCCAACGCUUGACGUUUUUCUUUUGUUUUGCACGAAAAAAAGCUGUGUUUUUAGUUUCCACUUUUUUUUUCUACUUCUCCAUCCAUCCAUCCAUAACCUAGCAUCAUCAGCGUUACCAUUCCAUCUCAUGAGCAUUGUUCCUAUAGUUUAUGACUUGUACCACCUAUUCUUUGUUUUUGUUUUUGUUUUCCUUUUUUGAGACCUAAUUUACGAAUUCCUUUUUAUUUAUUUUUUAUUUAUUUUUAUCCACCUUCCUUUAUUCCUUUCUUUCUUUUUUAAUGGGAAAAG